AAGAGUCAACGGCUGUUGCUGGAGCGGGUGAGGCGCGUGGUGGGGCUUCGCGUAACUGGCAGAAAAGAAUUCGGGCUUAUUUCUCCUGCUCCCCCUUUUCGGUUACUAGAAGUUUGCUCUGAAGGCAAUAGCAACAAAACAUUGCUUUGUGUAGAGUUCCCUCUAGCAUGGAUCUGUCAGGAAGUUUCUUCAGUAAACUUCGAGCCUUAGUGAUCACUUUGGAGCAACAGAAUGAGCAGCUAAAGCAAGCUUUUCGUGGAGAUGAAACAGAAUUUGAAGAUGACUCCCCAAUGAGAUACUUACAUGAGCUGUACUCUGAAAUCAGGACACUGAAGGUUGAAGCUGGUAAUGUUCUUACUAAGAAAUCUCAACAACGAGAUACUACCUAUGACUUCAUAAAGGCCAGCAAAGUUCUAAUGAACAGAAAUGCAGUAGACCUUGGAAAGACAAGAGAACUUUUUGAGAAAUAUGGAUACAAGCCCAUUAUUAGGGAAGCAGUGGCAAAAGAUGAAGCUGAAACUGAUCCUGAACCUGCCAAGUCUGAUCAAGAAGAACCAAAAAACCAUGCUUGCCCUGAAAAUUCCUCCAAAUCUGAUCUUCUGGUACGAAUUCCACAACUUUCAGAUUUUGGGCUUUCAAAAUAUGCUCUCCCCAGUACUUGGAACAAUGUGAAUAUAUUACCACAAGCCAAUGUACAGAAGGAACAGCCAAGAGAGGAUUAUUGUCCAUCACCCAAGACAGAACAGUUUUGUAUUAAAGGACGUGACCUUUGUGUGGAUGAUGACACUGUAUAUUUGUCAGAGGACCAAACAAUCUUCCUGCUUAACAAUGCAAAAAAAAGUAGGCAAGCUAAUAAGAUGCAAGCAUCAAAAGAGAACCUAGCCACACCAAGGGAAAAGAGUAAAGUGUGUGAUUAUGAUUAUAUGGCUUCACCUGUAGUGCCCACUUUCUGUACACCUGGAUUGAAAGUUCCCUCCAGAAAGAACACCACUUUACCCAAAUCCCCAGAGAGUAACCAGUCAGAUGUGUCUAAUCAUAUGAAUGAAGCUACCAAACUAGACCCUCAGUCUCUGAGGAAAGAGCCUGAACAAGCGUGUGUCAUCCAGAUGGUACCAAAUAAAAGGUACAUGGAAGAAGCUGUCCUGCCCUCAGAAAAGUAUCUGGACUGUCUUAAAAUACCUGCUCCUCCUGUCAUAUCAGACUACAGAAACAUACUCAAUACUCCUCCGCCAGCUCCUGAAAUAACUGUCAUUCCAACACAAAUUCUGCAGAUUUUAUCAAAGUAUAACUCAAACAUAGAACCACCCAGAGUCACAGAGAAGAUGAAAAAUGAAGAAAUGGCUGCACAGUUUGAAAGAAGGCCUGUUCUUGCUGUUGAUAUUAGUCACAAAGAAAACAGAGAGUAUUGUGGAUGACUCUAACAUAGAACCUAAAUUUUUGUCUGGACUGUCAUGUUCAAGGAUACUUUCCACUUUUGAGAACUCAAGAAAUGGAAUAGAAAACUGUGGCAAAAGACAAGAACAUAAGAGUUUUUGCAUAAAUGACUGGCCCCCGGCUGAACAAAAUACUCUCUCUUCAAAUUUGGUAGUACAGUCAGUCAGAAAACUAUUCAAAGUCUCUACACUUCAUUAUGUCACCUUCAACUAACUUCAUUCACAUGUUUGAAAGAAAUGGACUUCUACUCAAUCACUUAUUCGGUCUGAUCAUCUCUUAAUCCUUGUCAGCCAGUUUUCUGCCUCUAAAGUAUAUGGGCCUGCUAUAGUGUCUGUAGGCAGCACCUAUUGCUUACAUGGGCCCUAUUAUCCUAAUGUCAUGGGCCAUUAAGAAACAGAAUAUUUCUUUUCUCUCUACCCAAACCUUUGUAAGCCUUUCAAAUUAUGGUAUUAUUAAAAGGUAUUAUUGCAGUCUUUGCAUACUAGGUCCCAGUCUGGAAAUGUCCUCUAGAGAAAGGUGAUACCUGAGUUGUCUGGCAACUGGGUGUACUCAAGAAGCUUGAGGCAGCAGAGAAUUUUUGUGGAAGAAUUCCAGAGAAGAACAGCAGCUGGGCAGAAGAGCAGCCAUCUUCUUGUGUGGCCCUUUCAGCACAAAAUUUCUGGGCUUUCACUCUUGCUGUGCAGGAAAAGUGAUUUUUCCAUCUGUGAAGAACAGAGCCAUCACCUAACACCUAGAACUGCCUUAUGAGUUACAGCCCAAACACAUUUUACAUUUUUUUUACAUUGCUUUUACUCAUCCUGGGUCCUAGAAUACCUGAGAGAAAGGUGGAUAUAUAUUUUAAAUAAACACAUUCUAAAAAGUGUGAAAAGGAAACAAAUGGGUAAAGAGCUUACAGACAGUCUGAAGAAGCCAAUAUUCAAUAUUCUUUUUUUAUCUUUAUAAAAGAAACCAUCAUAGGGGACAAAAAGACAUGGAAAAUAUAUUUUCUUACAGUGCACUGAAGAAUUGUAGGAUAUUUUUUUAAAAAGUACUAUGAAGGAUCUUUCAGGAGAAAACAGUCUGAUUAAUGGUGUUUAAUGCAGGCUUCAGCUUGUUUUAAGUAUAGGAGCUUUUAACUAAUUUUCUCCUUUUUAUUACGGGGAGUACAGUGCUUCAGCUUUAUGCCAAACAGUUGUGAAUAAAUGUCAUGUACAAGCAAAGAGUCUUUACAGCCAAUUUUCUCUAAGGAGAUUAGGCACCCACCUUCAAACUGACCUUGGUAUUUUAGGAAAGAUUUCACUGUACAGAUUUUUGCUGAGCUCUUGAGAAGGGAUUGCUUGCAUAACAGGGCCCUUUUCUAGCUACAUGAUGCAACUUUUCUAUGGGACAAAGAACUAGUUUGAAAUAAAAGGUCUGAACACUUGCCCUUCUGAAUCUACUCCCUCAGGAUGCUACUGAUCAUGCUUAAGAACUUCUGUGCAUACUAAAGGAAGGGCAAGAAAUAUAUUCUUGAUGCAUACAGGAGGUCUGGUUAUACCUCUCACUGAUGGUUAUUAGCAAUGUCAUAUAACGUGGAGUAUAUGCUUGGUCAUCAGAAUGUUGGGAUACGGUAAUAAAAAUAAGUAAUACAUCA